CGCCCGGGGCCGCCGAGCGCCGCCGGAGCAGAAGCCCCGAGGAUCUCGGGCUGAUCACGCGUGCGACCAUGUCGGUGGCUUUCGCGUCCGCCCGGCCGCGAGGCAAAGGGGAGGUCACGCAGCAGACCAUCCAGAAGAUGCUGGAUGAGAACCACCACCUGAUACAGUGUAUCCUGGACUACCAGAGCAAGGGCAAGACGGCCGAGUGCACCCAGUACCAGCAGAUCCUGCACCGGAACCUGGUCUACCUGGCCACGAUCGCGGACUCCAACCAGAACAUGCAGUCCCUGCUCCCCGCCCCGCCAACCCAGAACAUGAACCUGGGCCCCGGAGCGCUGUCCCAGAGCGGCUCCAGCCAGGGCCUACACUCCCAGGGCAGCCUCAGCGAUGCCAUUGGCACGGGCCUGCCCCCGUCCUCCCUCAUGCAGGGCCAGAUCGGUAACGGUCCAAACCACGUAUCCAUGCAGCAGACAGCUCAGAGCACGCUGCCCACCACCUCCAUGAGUAUGUCAGGCAGCGGCCACGGCUCGGGGCCUGGCUACAGCCACUCGGGACCCGCCUCGCAGAGCGUGCCCCUGCAGGGCCAGGGCGCCAUCGGCAACUACGUGUCACGGGCCAACAUCAACAUGCAGUCCAACCCAGUGUCCAUGAUGCACCAGCAGGCAGCCUCGUCCCACUACAACUCGGCACAGGGCGGGAGCCAGCACUACCAGGGCCAGUCCUCCAUCGCCAUGAUGGGCCAGAGCGGCCAGGGAAGCAGCAUGAUGGGGCAGCGGCCCAUGGCGCCCUAUCGGCCCUCCCAGCAAGGGUCAUCCCAGCAGUACCUGGGCCAGGAGGAGUACUACGGUGGCGAGCAGUAUGGCCACAGCCAGGCCGCCUCGGAGCCCAUGAGCCAGCAGUACUACCCUGACGGCCACGGGGACUACGCCUACCAGCAGUCAUCCUACACGGAGCAGAGCUACGACCGGUCCUUUGAGGAGCCCGCGCAGCACUACUAUGAGGGCGGAAACUCGCAGUACAGCCAGCAGCAGGCGGGGUACCAGCAGGGCACAGCCCAGCAGCAGGCGGGGUACCAGCAGCAGUACCCCAACCAGCAGAGCUACCCCGGGCAGCAGCAAGGCUACGGGCCUGCCCAGGGAGCCGCCUCACAGUACUCCGGCUACCAGCAAGGACAAGGCCAGCAAUACGGAAGCUACAGAGCAUCUCAGACAGGCCCGUCGGCCCAGCAGCAGCGGCCUUAUGGCUAUGAGCAGGGCCAGUAUGGAAAUUACCAGCAGUAAGGAAAAAGCGCUCUUGUUAGAGCCUUGCGGUGGC